AUGACGGGCAUUGUAAUUGAGAAAAAGAAUACUAAUAGUUUAAUGGAUACAAAAGAUAAUGACAACUUUAACGUAGAUUCAGCAGUCUUGAAAGAUGAUAAAGGGAAGGAGAAACACGAAAACCAGAAUAUAAAAAAUUCAGAUGAUACAGAUAAAGAAGCUAAAAAAAAUGUAGAUAGUAGCAAUAAUAAAAUCAAUAUUUUGCCAGAAGAAAAAGAUGUCGAUACAGUGGACCUUACAACCAAAAAAGAUCAGGAAAUAUGUAGCAACAAAGAUAAUGUGUUCAAGGAAAACUUGGAGCCGGCAAGUGUGAUUAGUGAUGAUAAUAAAAUCCUUAGUGAUGAUGACAGUGACCUUGGUUGGCAGGAAAUGCCUGCAGUUGCUUCCCACAAUGUUUAUAAUGAACAUGGUGAUUUAGAAUUACAUAAACAGUCAAUGCUUUCGUUAGAAGAAGUAGAUGAAGAGGACAAAGAUAAAAACAAAAGUACAUUUGGUUAUACCAAAGUUGAUGACGAAAAACAAGCCCAAAGAUCACAAAAAACUAACAAGAAAAUUGAUUUUUUAUUUAGCUCUAGAACCAGAUCAACGAUUACAUCACAACCUUCAUUGAGUAAUGGGUCAAAACAAGUUUCUGAGGAAGAACGCACUUACUACCAAGACGACGACGACGACCACGACGACGACGAUGAUGAUGAUGAACAUGGCCUAACGCAUGAAGAAAUGACUGCCGAACAUCAAUUAAGUAGCAUGAAGAGUUUAUUGUCUGAUAGAGAGAAAAUAGCGUAUGUUGGUUCUAUUAAUGUUUUAAUUCAUCAUUUUUGUACACAACUAGCAGAAAGAUGUUUAGGCUCAAAUAUUUUGAAGAAGAAAAAACUAGCCAAAAGACUGCAUUAUAUCCAAAAAAACACAGGUUAUUGGCAGAUAGAUAUUAUGAAUAGGUUAUAUCAUCAUCUAGAUUUGUCUUCUGAAGAGGUUAAAAUGAUUGAAAAUUUAACCUCGCAUGGUGUUGAAUUAGACGACUUAUGCAAGUCGAUAAAAGUUUCAAGAACAGUAUCAAAUCCGUUCGAAGAAAAGGAAUUUGAACUAGAUGACACAACUCUUGAUCACAUCGAUCAACAGAAAGAGAAAGAACACAUGCAAAAUUCUGGAAAGGAUCAAAUAGACACUGCUAUGGAAAGAAAUUUAUAUUCUAAAAACGAAAAAAAGAGUAGUAAUAUAAUUGAAAAUAAUAAAGAUAGAAGUAAUAAUACUAAUACCACUAAUCGGGACCGAGUUGAACUCGGGAAUGACACGCCAGAACGUUUCAAGGAUUCUGCUGUUGAUAAUGACCUUUCUUCUGGCGAUAAAUUGGAAAAGCCAGAUAUUAAAAACAACGUUGACGUUGACGUUAACGUUGACUACGAUCCCUCAAAACACAUCCCUCAUAAAAUUAUUUCUCCAGAAGAGGUAAAAGAACAGAGUGACUUAGAUAUAGACGUUGCUUGGACAAUUAUUUGCGAUUUUUUUUUGCUACUACUAUCAAAAUCCAGUUAUGAUGCAAGAUCAAGAACUAUUUUGAUAACUUUUGCCAAGCAUCUAAACAUAACUAGAGAUGAAAUUAAUCAUUUUGAAAAAAGAGUUACGGAAGCCUUGGAAAUGGAACAGUCUGCUGAUGAUCAGGUUUGGGUCGAAGAGCAACACAUGACCAAAAGAAAAACUUUGAUAAAAAAAAAGAAGCUUAUGUAUAUAGGCUUGGCAACUAUUGGUGGGUCUUUAGUGUUAGGACUGAGUGGUGGUCUUUUAGCGCCCGUUAUUGGUGCGGGUGUUGCUGCCGGGUUGUCUACGAUUGGUAUAACUGGUGCUACAGGGUUUUUGACUGGGGCUGGUGGUACAGCUAUUGUUGCAGUUACAAGCACAGCGAUUGGUGCUAAUAUAGGCCAUGCUUCCAUGAAGAGGCGGAUGGGUAGUGUUAAAACCUUUGAAUUUAAACCAUUGCAUAAUAAUAGAAGAAUAAACCUGAUUAUUAGUGUUUCUGGAUGGAUGAUUGGUACUGAAGAUGAUGUUAGAUUACCCUUUUCCACUGUGGAUCCUGUAGAGGGUGAUUUGUAUUCUUUAUAUUGGGAACCAGAGAUGUUGCGUUCUACUGGUCAAACCAUCAACAUUUUAGCAAGUGAAAUUAUUACACAAACAAUUCAACAAAUUUUGGGUGCCACCAUUUUAACUGCGUUUAUGGCUGCUAUUCAAUGGCCUAUGGCUUUAUCCAAGUUGGGUUAUAUUAUUGAUAAUCCAUGGAAUGUUUCUUUGGAUAGAGCUUGGAAUGCCGGUUUGAUUUUGGCGGACACUAUUUUAUCAAAAAAUUUGGGGGAUAGACCUAUUACAUUAAUCGGAUUUUCCCUAGGAUCAAGAGUUAUUUAUUCCUGUUUGAUUGAGUUAUGUAAGCGAGGAGCUGUUGGGUUGGUCGAGAAUGUUAUUAUAUUUGGCUCGCCGAUUGUAUAUAAUAGGGAUGAUUGGGCCAUGGCACGUUCAGUGGUUAGCGGUAGAUUCGUAAACGGCUAUUCCAAUAAAGACUGGGUUUUGGGCUAUUUAUUUAGAGCUACAAGUGGUGGUAUGAAAACGGUUGCUGGUUUGUCACCCAUUGAAAGCAUAGAGGGAAUAGAGAAUUUUGACUGCACUGAGUGGGUAGAGGGCCAUAUGGCGUAUCGUAAGAACAUACCCAAACUUUUAAAACAAUUGGGUAUCUCUGUUCUAAGUGAAGAAUUUGUGGAAAUAGAUGACUCUCCAGAUCCGGAAAACUUGAAGAAACAAAGAGAAUUGAUCCAUGAUUUAGAUGAAGCUCAAAAAAAAUUGGCUAAGAAAGGAUCACCUAACAAGAAUACUUGGUUACCCAAAUGGUUUAAACCUAAGAAACAAAAAUGGCAAGAAAUGGUGGAAGAAAGUGCUAUUCAUGCCCCUGUUGCGCAAUCAGUAUUAGAAUCGCCUGGAUUGAAAGAUCCUUCACUCGUUGAUACAAAAGCAUUGGUCAGUGAAUUAAAUAAAAUUAGAAUUGGUGCCGGUCUAGAAGAAACAAAUGUAACGCAAAUAUUGGAGCCUGUUAAAGAUGGUGAUAGAAAUGAAGUACCGAUAAACAAUGGUUUAAAUUUCCAAUUGUUGUCUGCUGGGCAUACUGUACUUCCAAAAGAUGAUGACGAAUUUAGAGGUAAGGGGAAACCUGAUGUUCAAUUUAGUGAUAAUUUUUAA